AAUGAGGGAGUGGGAUGUUUCGGUUCCUCUUUCGUCUCUGACACGCAUAUUCAAUCUAUGGCUGACGGCGAAACAGAGAACCAUUCGGUAGCUAUGGAUAACCGUCCACGGGCAUCAUAACGUCAUUUAUUUGUGUCCCGAAAACAGAUAUUCGAGAUGAUUCGACUCUGACUGGUUCAACAAACAAAGAUACAUUUCCACAAACAGGGAUAUGUCUUUAUCACGUCAGUUUCCAUCAUCUCUGUAUUGAUGAAGGGGAAUCAGCAGUCAGUGGCCUCAUCUUCUUCUUACAAGCUCAUGCAUGGGAAAUAAUCAAAUCUAGUCUUUGGAGUCUGAUAUCCUCAUGUAGUGAUUUAUGCAUUGCAAAAGAUGUGGAGCUUGCAACAGGGACUUUUCCUAGCAAAGAUUGCAAGCUCAUUUAUAUUAAAGGCAUAAUACUUUACUUAGCUAAUAUCACUAGAGCCUGUCAUCUCCAUGUUAGGAGAGGUUUAGUCAUCAUGCACAGAUGGCCCAACAAAUCAUUUUUGAAUUGGGAACCAUUUAGUUGUUUUGCAGCCAGUGUAAGUGUUGGGUUUUAUCAUCACAAAUCCCCAUGGCAAGGCUGUCACUGACAGCCUGUUAGUUGAUAGGAUUAUGAUCAUACAGGAUUUGCUGUUGGAAGGAGGAACACCUGUCUUUCUUUAGCUAGCAAGCGUCCUGAAAUCCAGGCCACUGGGUUGUUUUGCUUCUUGGUAUACGUUCUUUAUCUAGAUCUGUCUGUGACACUCCUCUCCUACACACUUGCAUACAGCCUUUUACUGACUACUAAAAGCGGGAUUACAUAGUUGUUUUGGCUAUGUUUCCUUAAACUGAGAUUAUUACCCUCCUGCUUCAGAAAAGGACCCUAGGACAUAAUUUAAAUGUGACCAAGGAAACGUAUCUUCUUUUUUUUGCCAUUGUUGAUAUGCUUAGGCUUUGUCAAAGAGAGCAUCGUAGUGACAUUUGUCUCAUCCUGGAGUGCUUUGAGCCAAGCGAAAAAGACUAUCUAAAGAGCUGGAGGUACCUGUAGCCAAGUCCUUCAUUCACCCCUGUUUCUCCGCACCACUGAAGCCAUGUGUUUACUGUUAUGGCUAUGCCCUGGCAGCCAACCAGAGCGAAAUGGGACUCUGGCAGUGCUAAAGAAUUAGACACAGCCCUGGGAGUUGGACUGGACCAAAGGAUUGCACACACACACACACACACACACACACACACACACACACACACACACACACACACACACACACACACACACACACACACACAGACACCAUGCUGCGGAGACAGUAGGCUCCCUGUUUGAGCCCUCGCUGUUUAGUGCUUGUUUUUGUGUGUUUUUUUCCCCUCCGCAAUUCUCAAAGGUUUGGAUGGUUGGGAGCACAAGGGCCACUUUGAAGGAGCCCGUCUGUGGUUUGGCUGGAGCUGACAGACUGCUUGCCAGCUACUGCUGAUUUAAGUACCCUGUGUCCCUCACCACACCCCUACAUCCACCUUCUCUGCCAACUGUUCCACCCCUGACUGUUCUGGUUAAUGGAGGUCUAAGGGAGUGCACGCAAGGGUGGGGAACUGUUGCUGACACUGGCCCUGCCGGUCACUUUCAGGCACUUUUUGCACUCCAAGGACUGUACUCCACUCUGUCCUAACUAAGGACCAUUCCCGCUUAUCUUGGAAGUAAAGAACUACAAGUCAAGGUAUUUUUUUUAAUUUUUUUUUUCAAAAGGCUUUUCUACAGGCUGAAGGAUGAAGCUGAAGAAGCAGGUGACUGUGUGUGGAGGAGCCAUAUUCUGUGUGGCCGUAUUCUCCUUAUACCUGAUGUUGGACAGAGUCCAACACGACCCUGCAAGGCGACAGAACGGCGGCGGGAACUUCCCAAGGAGCCAGAUCUCUGUUCUCCAGAACCGCAUAGAACAGCUGGAGCAGCUACUGGAGGAGAACCACCAGAUCAUCAGCCACAUCAAGGACUCUGUCCUGGAGCUGACCGACACCGGCGCUGUGUCCCCCAGCGGAAUGCUGCCUUUCCGCAGUGCCAACGGCUCCUGGGUCCUGCCCUUCGACGGACGCCCCACUUUCCUCUCUGUCAAGCCCCAGGACUGCCAGUUUUCUCAGGGCCGCCGCGGACAGACCGACCUGCAGAUGUUGGACGUGUACUCCCUGCUGAAGUUUGACAAUGUGGACGGGGGUGUGUGGAAGCAGGGCUUUGAGAUCACCUAUGAGCCUGGGGAGUGGGACAGUGAGCCUCUGCAGGUGUUUGUGGUCCCUCACUCCCACAACGACCCAGGCUGGAUAAAGACAUUUGAUAAGUACUACACAGACCAGACGCAGCACAUCUUCAACAACAUGCUGGUGAAGUUGACUGAGGACCCACGCAGGAAGUUCAUCUGGUCCGAGAUCUCCUAUUUCGCAAAGUGGUGGGAGAGCGCUGACAUGCACAAGCAGGAAGCCAUGCGCAAGCUAAUCCUAGGAGGUCAGCUGGAGAUGGUGACUGGAGGCUGGGUGAUGAGUGAUGAGGCCAACGUUCACUACUUCGCCAUGAUCGACCAGCUCAUAGAAGGCCAUCAGUGGCUGGAGAAGAACGUGGGUGUGACCCCCCGGUCAGGCUGGGCUGUGGACCCCUUUGGCCACAGUGCCACCAUGCCCUACCUGCUGAAGAGGGCCAACCUGACCAGCAUGCUCAUCCAGAGGGUCCACUACUCCAUAAAGAAGCACUUCGCCUCCAGCCGCAGCCUGGAGUUCAUGUGGCGGCAGGCCUGGGACCAAAAGUCGGGAACGGACAUCUUCUGCCACAUGAUGCCCUUCUACAGUUAUGACGUGCCACACACCUGCGGGCCGGACCCCAAGAUCUGCUGCCAGUUUGACUUUAAGAGGCUGCCAGGCGGCCGGGUCAACUGUCCUUGGAAGGUCCCUCCGCGGGCCGUGGUGGAGGCCAACGUGGCAGAGAGGGCCCACCUGCUCUUGGACCAGUACCGAAAGAAGUCCAAGCUUUUCCGCAGUAAGGUUGUUCUGGUUCCACUGGGAGAUGACUUCCGCUACGACAAGGCCCUGGAGUGGGACCAGCAGUAUCUCAACUACCAGAGACUCUUUGACUACAUGAACUCUCACCCCGAGAUGCACGUGCAGGCCCAGUUUGGGACCCUGACCGACUACUUCACUGCGGUUUACAAGGCCAACAAUGUGCCCCAGGGUGCCAGACCCCCAGACUACCCGGUGCUGAGCGGGGACUUCUUUGCGUAUGCAGACCGCGAGGACCACUACUGGAGCGGCUACUACACCUCCCGGCCCUUUUACAAGAGCAUGGACCGCGUGCUGGAGUCCCAUCUCCGGGGGGCAGAGAUCCUGUUCAGCCUCGCCGUGGCACACGCUCGCCACACAGGCAUGGAGGGCCGCUACCCCACUUCAGACUACACCCUGCUGACGGACGCAAGGCGUAACGUCGCCCUCUUCCAGCAUCACGAUGCCAUCACAGGCACCGCCAAGGAGAAUGUGGUCAUUGACUACGGCAACAGGUUACUGCACUCCCUGCAGGGCCUGAAGAGAGUGAUCAUUAACGCAGCCCACUUCUUAGUGAUGAAGAACAAGGAUGUGUAUCGUUUCUACCAGACAGAACCCUUCCUAGAGACGGAUGACCGACGUGCCACCCAAGACUCCCUGCCCCAGCGCACACUUAUCGAACUGGACCAGUCAGGACCCAGGUACCUGGUGCUAUUCAACCCGGUGGAGCAGGAUAGGCUGUGUGUGGUUACAGUGUUGGUGAACUCUGCCAGGGUCAGGGUGCUCACAGAGGACGGACAGACCCUCCCUGUGCAGCUCAGUGCCCAGUGGAGCUCUGCUAGCCAGAUGAGUGCAGAGGUCUUCCAGGCCUCCUUCAUGGUGCGUCUGCCUGCCCUGGGCCUGGCUGUGUUCCACCUGUAUGACUCUGCCGACACCCCCAUGACGCUGCGCUCUGAGACCCUGCUGAGGCUGUCUGGUCGGGGGCAGACUGCCCACGCUGUGGAUCCCCUCCCCCUCCGCUCCCAGACGGCAGACCCACAACCCUUCUACAUCUCCACCCAGGCCCUCACACUGGGCUUCUCAGGAACCACCGGCCUGCUGGAGAGUAUCCGUCGUAAAGACGACCCUCAGGAGUUGAAGGUUCAGAUCCAGUUUGUGACAUAUGGUACUCGGUCCUCCAAGGAUAAGAGUGGGGCUUACCUCUUCCUGCCUGACGGAAAGGCUAAGCCCUACAGUCAGAAGGAGCCUCCGGUGGUGCGUGUGGUGGAGGGACCUCUUUUCUCUGAGGUAGUGGCUCUCUAUCAGCACUUCCAACAGACCAUCCGCAUACACAAUGUGCCAGGUGUGGAUGGUCUGUCUCUGGAUGUCACCACCAUGGUGGACAUCAGAGAACAGUCUAACAAGGAGCUGGCCAUGCGACUGGUCACUGACAUCCAGAGUGACGACACCUUCUACACAGACCUCAACGGAUUCCAGAUUCAGCCCCGGCGCCGCCUCCUGAAGCUCCCCCUGCAGGCCAACUUCUACCCAAUGACCAGCCAGGCCUACAUCCAGGACAGCCAGCACCGCCUCACCCUGCACUCUGCCCAGGCCCUGGGUGUCACCAGCCUAGAGAGCGGCCAGUUGGAGGUGAUUCUGGACCGGCGGCUGAUGCAAGAUGAUAACCGCGGCCUGGGCCAGGGACUGAAGGACAACAAGAAGACAGCCAACCGCUUCCGCCUCCUACUGGAGAGUAGGUCCACUGGCAACAAGCAUGCUGGCUUCUUUGCCAAACUCUCCUCCAUGUUUCACUCGCUCAUCACAAUCACUCUGAGAGGCGGUGCUCAAGAGGUGGUGGACAGUGGACCAACCAGCUUCCCCUCCCUGCUCAGUCACUUGACCUCGGCCAUCCUCAACCACGAGGUGAUUGCGCUGCCAGUGCUGCCCAAGAAGCGUGGCAUCCCUCCCCUGCACACCUUCGCCCCCCUCACAGGGGCCCUGCCCUGCGACUUCCACGUGAUCAACCUGCGCAGCAUCCAGCACCAGCAGGACACCCACUCCCCGUCUCCCUACACGGCCCUCAUCCUGCAUAGGAAGGGUCUGGACUGUGGUCUGGAGACCCCCAACCCCGGCUUCAACUGUACCACUACCGAGGGACAGCUGGGUUUGUCGUCUCUGUUCCGUAACCUGGACCUCCAGCUGCUACAGCCCGUGUCGCUGUCCCUGAUGUACUCCAGCCCCCCUAUGGCUAACGACUCCUCCGUCAGCCUGGAGCCCAUGGAGAUCUCAGCCUUCAGGCUCAAACUGCGCUAGCCGGGCCCAGAUACACACCUCCACACCAGUCCAGGACCAGACCAGACCCACCCAGACCAGUUUUGGUCCCACCUGGUCCUGCUCUGUUCAGUUUUAUUCUAUAGGAAAACUGCCUCCCAGUGUACAGAGGGGUGGCCACGCUGGUGUUUCCUGGUCCAACCUGUGUAUACACUACGCACUACACACACACACACACACAAACACAAACACAAACACAAACACCACACCACACGCACUACACACUCUGAACUGUAAAUUCACCCCGUAAGAGCAGGUAGCCUUCAUGACUAGACUCUAUCUGCAGGGGGCAGAAGAUGGCUGUCGCAGACACAGACAGACAAUCUCAGAACCAGAAACCUUUUGGGGGUUUUGUGCUUGUGAUAAUACAGGUGCUGUCUUUAUCACAGAACAGCUAUUGGCGGUCUUCUGCCUUUGCAUUGCAGUAGUGAUGUCAAGUAACAGAAACAUACUUUGUUUUAAGUUUUUAAGAUAACUUUAUUUGAUUAUUUUUUUCUAUCCCAUCCUGGACUAACUACUGAAUGUAAAUAUCACAAGGAUAAGGACCUGGGAAUAACGUGGCGAAGAGUGCAAUUUCUAAAGCUUUAUUUGGUGUGGACAGUUUAAAAAAUCUAUAUUUAAUUCUGAUGGAGCCUACCUGCGGCGGACUAGAGAACUGUUCAUUCCAUUAGGUGCUCAUUGUUUUCUAUUGACUGCAUUAACCGACUGAAUGCAGCUGUGUACUAACAGUGUGAAUGUGUGCUCUCGCUCUCUCUCGCUCUCUCUCUUUCUCUCUCUCUCGCUCUCUCUCUCAGUAGCUAUGGCUCUGUAAGAUACUGUAUGUCAGGUAGUCACUCACUCUGUAGUCACUACCAGACUGGUGACUAGAUCACACACACUACGGAAAUCCCAAUCCUCACGCUACUCUUUUUUUCAGUCAUCAUUAUCAUUAUCGAAUUAACUGGACAGCUUGCUAUCCUUUCAACCGCCCGCCCCCCCCUGCCUGUAGAUGGUCUGAAGACAAAGCUGUCAUAUCCUGAUGAGUUGGCUGGCUGUGGAGGACCUGGAAUGGAAUUUAAAUGAUGUUUGUAUUUAAAUUCUCCUAAAGCCGUUCUUGUUGUGUACUAUCCUGUAUGCAGUGGAAGAUACAACUAUGAUGACGAUACCUCGUAUUUAACAUAUGACACAUGGUUAUGUAUAGUAUGCUGCUGUGGAAAACUUCUGUGAAGAUGCAGUAUGUCGGAGGAGUAGUGAGUGUGUAGUGAGACCCAGAGUGCAGUAUCGGGGACAAGGUUUCGGUUCACACUACUGGACUGCUAAUCAUCAUAUUAGUGAGUCUGUGUAGUGGUGUUGGAGCAUCGGCGUACUUAUCUCCUUGUUUCAAAGCCAGGCAUUGAAGGGCCCUGUCUUUGCAGGGAGGAUUGUGGUUCAACCUUCACUACCUAAUUAUGUGGAGACAUUAACAGGGGUCCUCCAGGGCUGACUUCGGCAACCAGUUUACUUUUGCAUAUGUGGUCUUUUUUUAAUUUUUAAAUCAGCUUUCAUCAUAAAACAUCUCUAUAGCCUUGACCCUGGUGCGGUGAAGGUACUCUAUGAUCCAUAUCUGUCUUUGGUGGUGAAGGUAAAUCAUCAGUAAUGGCAGAUGCACUAUGUUGAUAUUUCUCUGCUAUUUCUCACUAGAUGUUUCUCCUCUACCUUCUUCCCUGCCUCUUCAACCAUCCUAGUAUCAGUGGAGGCUGAUGGGAGGAUCUAUUCGGUAUGGCUGAAAUGGAAUGAAUGGAACGGAGUCAAACGUCAUUUCCAUGUGUUUGAUACGUCCCUUUUUUAAAUUCCAUUCCAGCCAUUACAAUGUCCUCCAAUAGCUCCUCCCACCAGCCUCCACUGCCUAGUGUCCAAUGCUACAUUUCCUCUGGGCUUUUUAUAUUUCUCCACCUUGCUCUCCUCUGUUACACCUCCCUCACUACAUCCCUGAUGUUUUACACUCCUUUUUCCUCAGAACACACUUCCCUAUGGUCCAACAUUUUACUCAACAAUGCUCAGGCACUAGCCUGGUCCUAUACAGUGUAUGUGCAGUAGCCAAUUCCUCUAUUGGUAUGACAACAAAAGAACAGAGUGGUGGUUGAAGUACCUACACACUGGACCACCAGACUACCAAUGUACCUGCAUCACUUUUCAGGUUGCAUUUUCCCUCUGACUAUAUGUUCUACCAUGACAUGACACUACCGCUGUACCUAGUACAGCACUCUCCCCUGUUGUCCCUUUCUCCUCCUCUAUUUCCUACUGUCUAUGUGUCCGAGUCACUCUGUAGACUUGUCUUUUGUAUGUGAUUUGUUGUAGCACUUUUUUUUUGUUUAAGAUGGAAUUUAUGAAGGAAUAAUUUGAUGUUUUCCUCAGUUUUUGUUUCUUCCUGGAUGUGUGUUUCAAAAAAGAAGCAUAGAAAUCAAUUGCAGACAAGGUGAAGACACAAUAAAGAUCAAAUAUGAUACUUGG